AGCAAAUUACUGGGGAUAGAAAAAACGUAAUUUAUUUUUUUUUUUGUUGCAAACUAACAAAAUUUGUUCGUUUAAUUAAGAACAAUUGAAGCUUGCCGCACUGCACUGUGGGUGCAAGAGGGAGAGAAUACCGUGCUGCACUAACAGAAUGUCAGUAGAACAAACAGCAUAGAAAAUUCCCACGCGUGACUCUUCCAGUGUUCAGCCUGAUUCACUUGUUCUGUAUAUAGCUAUAAUGCUAUUGUUGGCAGCAAGCGAAGUUAGCUGAGUUUGUGAAAGCACGCGACUUCCGCCAACGUCAUCAACAAAUCUCGACAUGUUCCGCAGUCGAAGUUGGUUCGGCGGGCCUUGGAACCGUCCCAAGAAUCGUCUUUCGCUAGAGCACCUCAAGUACCUGUAUAGCAUUUUAGAGAAGAACACAACCGUGUCUGAAAGCAAUCGUGGCUUGCUAGUGGAGUCGUUGCGAUGUAUAGCGGAAAUUCUGAUUUGGGGCGAUCAGCAUGAUUCGUUGGUGUUUGACUUCUUCUUGGAAAAGAAUAUGCUGUCCUACUUUCUGCACAUAAUGCGCCAAAAGAGCGGUGGUUCCAGUUUUGUAUGUGUUCAGCUGCUGCAAACACUCAACAUUCUCUUCGAGAACAUACGCAAUGAGACGUCUUUGUAUUAUUUAUUAAGCAAUAAUCAUGUCAACUCCAUUAUUGUACACAAGUUCGAUUUCUCCGACGAAGAUGUUAUGGGUUAUUACAUUCUAUUUCUGAAGACAUUAAGUUUAAAGCUGAAUACCCAUACUAUACACUUUUUCUACAAUGAGCACACGAACGAUUUCCCACUCUACACGGAGGCAAUUAAGUUCUUUAAUCACCCAGAGUCCAUGGUGCGCAUCGCAGUGCGUACUAUUUCGCUGAAUGUGUACAAAGUUCAGAAUUCGAGCAUGCUGCGUUUUAUUAGAGACAAAACUGCAGCGCCGUAUUUUAGCAAUUUGGUGUGGUUUAUUGGGAAGCACAUAUUAGAGUUAGACAACUGCGUGCGUACAGAUAUAGACCACCAAUCGAAUCAGAAGCUAUCUAAUUUGGUGGCCGAACACCUGGACCAUUUGCACUACCUGAACGAUAUUUUGUUGUUGGAUAUAACGGAUUUAAAUGCAGUCCUAACGGAACAUUUGCUGCACAAACUGUUUGUGCCCCUGUACAUAUUUUCGCUGACGCCAGCCCCUCCGACACGCUCACUAGCCGUGGUAACACAAAAUUUGGCGGCAGUCCUAAAUCGGAAUGUGGAUAUUGAUAUACAAGAGAUGCAUAAUCCUCGAGUGAGCUCCAUUGUAGCGCUGUAUUUGUUAUCAUUGGUGUUUUUGGUUGUUACGCAUGCGCCCCUUGUUCAUGCUCUUGCCUGGGUUAUACUCAAUGGAGAUCACAGUGUAUUUAAAGAAGGGGCUGCUGAAAUACUGAAUGCCUAUGUUGAGCAUCGCGAGGUUGUUGUGCCUGGAUUUGGCGAACCUAAUGAGAGUCUGGAACAAGCUUUGGAUACGGUGGUUGGACAUGUUUCAGGCUAUGCAGUAAGCGAGGAUAGUGGCGUCGAAUCGGCAGCAGCCACUGAAGUGACAACAACAAGUACUGAUACGGAAACUGAUGCGGAAUCUGAGGCUUUGCGGCUGCGCAACAUAACCGACGAGGAGAAGCAGCAGCUUCAACAAUCGACGUCGGCACAAUCGCAUCUAGAAUUGGCCAAGCCAUUUCUAGACACGGUUCUGCAUGCAUUGGACUGCACGGAGAAUGAUUAUCAAGCAUUGUUGGCGCUGUGCCUCAUCUACGCCAUGUCCCAUAAUCGUGAUGGCAUCAAGAACGAGUGGUUCGAUCAGGUGCUCUCGAAAUCAAUGCGUGGCUCAUUUAGCUAUAAAACGGCACUUAUUGAACAGUUGCUAGAAAUUAUCACGCAGUCCAGUCAGUCAUCCUGCCGUAUUCGCCUAAUUACCAUUGAAAUCGCUUUGGAGCUGCUGGUCACCUUCACUAAGCCGGCUUCAGAUGAGACGCGUAGCAUCACAUCCUUGCAGCAGGAUGUGCUUUUUAAUGCUCGAAACCAAUCAAUGGCUGUGUUACGCAAUUUCUAUAAGUCCGAGGAUAUAUUUCUCGAUCUGUUCGAAGACGAGUACCAAGAAUUGCGCAAAGCUGUAUUAAAUGUCGAGUUUCUAUGCAUGGACUCGACCAUAUUGCUACCGCCUACGGGCACACCUCUAACGGGCAUCAAUUUCACGCGCCGUUUGCCCUGUGGGGAGGUGGAAAAAGCUCGACGUGCUAUUCGCGUAUUUUUCCUUCUACGUCGAACGUGCCAAAAGUUCUUAAGCGAAAAGGAAUCCUUGCUGCCGCUAACGCAUGUUGUCAAUCUGGUGCAAGUGGAGAAUGUUCUGGACUUAAAUAACAGCGAUUUGAUUGCCUGCACCGUGGUGGCGAAGGAUAAUGCAAAGCAGCGCCGAUUUUUGGUAAUCGAUGCUCUGCAGCUAAUACUCGUGGAGCCGGAUGCCAAGUUGUUGGGUUGGGGCGUGGCCAAAUUUGUGGGCUUCCUACAAGAUGUUGAGGUGCAGGGGGACAAGGACGACUCCCGCUGCCUCCACAUAACGGUGCAUCGAGGUGGCGCGACACACAACCGGACGCCACUGCUCUCUGCCAAAUUUCUCUUCGACGAUCACAUACGCUGCAUGGCCGCCAAGCAGCGUCUGACUAAAGGACGCAGCAAGGCGCGCCAAAAGAAAAUGUAUCAGAUCGCACAGUUGAUUGAGAUGCCGGGUCAAGUGGUGGAUUCGCCGGUGUAUGCAGUGGGUGGCCUGCGUGCGGCCGCAGCUGCAGCCGGCAGCAGCAGUGGCUCGAGUUCCCGCAACACUCGGGAACAUCGACCGAUGUUUUCGACGGCGAAUCGCGUGCCUGGCUUUGCAGCUGCACUGCGUCGGGAUAAUGGCGCUAGUGCUGGCAUAAGUCGCAUACAAAUGGCACAGAAUCGAUCCAUUGAGGGCAUACGCAAUGAAAACGCCGCUCGCUCCCGUCGUCGCAACUCGAACACUAGCUCCAAUUCCUCGAACACAUCACGUGCCACCGAUCAUAUGGCUUCCGGUCGCGAGCACUCGCCCAAUGGCAGCGGCGGCAGUAAAAGCUCAGCCCAUUCUCGCGAGAAUUCGCAAGCACGUAGUGGAGGUGCGCGUUCAAGGGAGAGCAGUCCACGUAUGCCGCGACCACGUUCCGAGGAAAUACCUCUAGAGGACUUCCAGCAUUCGCGCAAUAGCAGCCCACAUGGUCGUGGCGCCGGCGGCAAUUCCAAUGCAUCCUCCCGUUCGCAUACGCCCUCCCGCAUUCUGCACUACGAUCAAUUAUCCGUGCACAAUGCAUCACCACGUGAGCCGACCCUGUUAGUGGGCACGAAUGCUCUACUAAGCCAAAUGAAUGGCGUGGCCAUUGCCAAAGAAGUACUGCCUGUUCAGAGCUCCGAGGAGACCUCUUUUAUUGGCAAUGAUACGGAUGGUGAGAGUAGGCGCAAAGGCGCUAUUGAAACGGUUUAGCAUAAGCAUUAGUCCUUUAGAAAUUUCGUUUUUUUUAACGCUCCGAUCAGUUACGUUAGAUGUUUAUUAUAAUAGGACGUACUAUAUGUAGUUAUAAUGAAGAUAUGCGCAGCACGUUAAAAAUAAAUUGUUAUUUAAUUUAAAAUA